GUGCCCAUAUUCCUCUUUCUCAGCGGAGGAGAACAGUUUUUCAAAAACCAGCUCCUCCAUUAGAAGAGGCUCUCAAACAAAUUCAAGAAUCCAACUUAAAAUCAACGGUGAACUUUCCCUCUUCCCACAGACCAACAAUAAACUGGAGAUCCAUUCCUGCCUGUCCAGCUGUCUCCAAACCUGAUCCCUACUUACCUGAUCAGCUAUCUCCUUCACGGGCCCCAUUGCUAUCCCACCAUUCCCAAAUUCUUCCUAGCUAUCCAACUGUUUCUCCCACCCGCCAGCCCCUGCCUAUCCGUCCAUCUGUUCCCUCUACUCUUCCUAAGACCUUUUUACCAGCCCCAUUAUGGUCCUCCCCAAUCAAGUAUCUUCCUCACCCUCCAGCCCCAGCUACUCCCAGCUUUUCUAGCAGUUUCCCUUUUCUACCAGCCCCGAUUCCUUCUGGGCCACCUGAUCGUCUACCCCACCCACCCCAGAGUUCUCCAACCAUUCCUGAUUCUGACUCACAGAGCAAAUUAUUUUACAAAACUUUCAGACCCAAACAUUUCCUUACAGCACAACGUUGCGCCCCAGCCACUCUAAUACCUGCCCUUGUUCAUCGUUCCCUUCCAGCUCAACUGGUUGCUUCCCCAACCCCUUUGGAAGCUCUCCCCAUUUUGAAGCCUUCCAGUUUCUCCAGUCAUCCCCCUCAUCAAACAGUCCCCACUCUUUCUUAUACCACUCCAUUGCCUAAAUAUCCUGCUAGCGUAGAUCUUUUUCAGUCAGUUCAACAGUCUGUUCCACAAACCACAUUGUCAAAUCUGCCCCAGGCCUUGGUAGACCAUCUGCCUGCCUCAGUUCUCUCCCAUCCACCUCCCUGUCACUCUCCAUCCUCUUCUUUGUCUUCAUCUACUAUUUCUACAUCCUCUUCACCCUCUCUACAGUUUUCUUCCUCUUCAUCCAUUCUUGCCUCUCCUCCACCUUCCUCUUCUACCUCUCCAUCCUUACCUCUUUCAUCUGUUCCUCUUUUUUCCUCACCUUUGCAUUCAUCUCCCUCUCCACGUUUGCUUCCAACUUAUUUAGAUUUUCCCUCUCCAGUUCCUCCUGUUUCUUCUUCCGUUAUGAUUUCUUCUUCCUUUCCCCCCAUGCUUCACUCUCCCUCUCUUUCUACCUCCCCAUCUUCUUUUAUUCCUAUCCAUCCCUUCAAUCCUCCUCACUGGGGGAAGAAAGUAGAGAAGAGAAGAGAAGCAAGUGGAGUAGCGAAGAAAGAAAUAGAGAAGAAAAAGUUGAGAGACUACAACUUUAAAGAGCUAUAGAUAACGCCUUGUCUUCAUCACUGUCAAAAAAUGAUCAGAAGCAUCAGAAACAUCUCUUAUCCAAAAUCAAUUGUAAUAAAGAAAUGAAGGAAAACAGCAGGACAAACUUGGCUACUAACAAAGAUGUGUUCCAGCUUAAAUUGGUGGAAACUCAGAAACUCCUAGAAGAUCAGCAUCUAAGCAGUUUGCAAAAAUUUUGUGAUGAAGUUAAUCAGAUAACAAAUUCUGAAACCCUCUCAAGUAUAGACAGUCUUGAGGCUGGAGAGCAUGAAGAAAUAUAUUUAACACUUAUUAAUAAGGAGCCUUCCACAUCAAUCCAGCAGAAUUCUAUUUGCCUCAAAUCAGCAAAUCUACAGUCAACUAAUCUAAACUGCUUUGAUGAAGAUAAGCUGUCAUUCUCUAAAACUCAACAUAUAAAUAACUGGCUAAUAAAUUUAGAUGAUCCAGAUACUCAAACUGUCACACAUUUUUCAGAUAUUUUAAGUAAACCUAAUGCUCUACCUUCAUGUGAAUGUUUUACUAGUAAAGGAGAAAAUCCAUCUGCUCUAAGUAGAACUGUGGAAAGAACCACAAAGACUGCUAACAAUUCAGGAGCCCUCAUAUAUAAUGCACCCAUACUUGUACACAAUGAAAAAAGUGAAAAGACCUCUGAAACUGGCACUAUGAGGACAGCUGACUCCUCUUCUGGGGUGUUUAAAAGAGAGAGACCAUUAGUUACUGAAAGCCCAACAUUUAAAUUCAGCAGAGCAUGGAACAUUUCAGAUUCUGUAACCCAGGAAAUGGCUACAGUUUCAGAUCAAGAGAAAUAUUCUGAAUUAACUCAAGAAAAUAGAACUACUUCAAUUCCUAUUUCAUAUGUACCUGUGGCAACACCUUUAGUUUUGCCAUCUAAUACACAAUCAGCUAGACCUUUACCAAAGAACAGUAUACAUAUAAGAGAAAUUGACCCAGUACAGUGUUCUGAUAAGUUAGGGGAAUUGGAAAAUGUUAAAGAUGAAAACAUAAAAUAUUUUAAUUGUAAUAAGGAAGAGUUGCCUUUAUUUUCAGACAAUUUUCAAGCUGCCAAUAUAGCUCAUAACUCUGAUUCAAAAGAUAAAACACAGAAAAUAACUAAAACAUUAGAACCAUUCUCUAAUGUAAUUUCUAAUUGUGACUUAGUUGGUCAGCACAAAAAAAUGAAACACAACAUUCAUGAGAGAAGAGGUGUGAGGUUUCUUAAAAGUAUUUUGAAGAAAGAAUCUAAAUAUGAGCAUGAUUAUUUUAAGGCACUAGUUAUAAGUCAAGGCUUUAAGUUAGGAAAUCAAAAGGCAGAAGCUAUCAGAGAUAGUAUUGAAUUAACAAAAGAAAAAGGAAAAAGUGCAGCAAUUCCAAAGAAUAUUAAAAAACUGAGGUGGUUUGAUGAAACUGGAGAUAAUCAUUUCCUGAACAAUAGAAUAGGAAUAUCUCAACAGUGGUCUCCACCACUCCACAUUCAACCUAGAAGUGCUGCUGCCAGCAACAUAAUUAGUGUUCCUGCUUGUACUGUAAAUUCUGCUGAUAGAAAAAAGCCUAAAGAUGAUUCUGUCUCUGAAAAUGUUGCUGCUUUAGGAGGAUCUGAAACAGUCCAUGUGUCUUUGAACUGUUUUAAACCUUCAGAUUAUAACAUUGCUAAACAAGCCUGGCCAGUCUCAGAAAAAGAAGAAUGUAAAUCUCCUGUACAUAGUGGUGAUUCUAAAACUCAGAAAGCUAAUCCACAAAGCGGUGGAGCAAAAGCAAUUAGAGCAGUAUCUGCUAAAGUCCAAUCAGGUUUUCAAUAUCAAAACAGAAAAGGCACUGUUAUUCGACCACAGUCUGCAAGCAAAGCCAACACAUUUUUACAAACUCAGGGUAAAUUAAACAUACCUCAUCCUCCUGCUAAAUGUCCAUCGAAUAUUAGGAGUGAUAAAAAUAUACAAGUGUCUCAGUGUCAAUCAGUAAUGCCUGAAAAUUCUCAAAACAUUAUUACAAAUAACUAUUUUAAUUCAAAACAUGUGCUUCCAACAGAAUACAAGUUGAAUCACUGGAAUCAAGAAAGUAGUCUUCCAUUCUCUCAUGUUUGUUCUGACGUAGUCACUGUGAUGCCAUCUCUACCAUAUCGUUCUUCUGAGUGCCAAACUUUAGCAAAAAUAAAUCGUUCAAAAGGCACUCAAAUGGUUGCCCAGCAAGAUGGGACAUUGUAUUGCACCCAAAGAUAUCCUGUUUUGGAAGAAAGUUAUCACUCUGUGACUUUUCAACCUACUGAAGAAGAAUCUGUUCUCUCGUGGAAAAGACAGCAUAAUAUUCUGCGUCAAAAUGAAAAGGCUGCUGAUUCUACUGUUAUGAGAAGAAAACGAAUUGUUGAAAAUAAGCAGAGAAAUCUUUUAGAGCAGAAAAAACAAAACCCUGGAUCUGUAGGACAGAAGUACAGUAAGAAUGUGAAUAAUUUUGGACAAAGUGUCCCACUAAGUUCAAGUGAGCCAAAACAAACUACAAGGGGUACUUCUAAUAUUGAAAAAGUUUCAGACAGUACUUCUGAGUUUUUGAUGACUGAAAACCUAGUGAAAGCUUCAAUGCCUGAGGAUGAAAUUCUAAGUGUCAUGAGUAGCAAGCAGCUACAGAAAUCAAAUCUGGGUUUAAAUAAGGUCCACGAAUUCAACAUCUGUGCACUAUCAGCUGAAGAACAGAAAAUCCUACAGUCCCUUAAUAGUCUCAAUAAAAGGUUAUACUAUGUGCAAGAAACCAUUUGCAAAAAUCCAUCCAUGAAAAAUACCUUACAAAUAAUACCACUUCUGAACAGCCAGCCACAGACCAGUCUGUCUCCUGAUGUUGGAUCCAGAUUGCAGAGAAAAUACUGAAGUAUAACAGUAACUAUUAAAUGGAAUCAUUAUUUUUGAGAAUCUCCUGUAAAUAUGUAUUUCAGCAUUUGUUAAUAAUUAAAACACUAUAACCAUACAGUAAAUGUAAAUUAUAAUAUGGGCAAUGGAGACAAAUUGAUUGGUUUAUAUUUAUGCUACAAAUUAUACUUUAUUAUGUAUUUUAUUGAUAAAUACAUUUUUAGUGAAUGGAAAUACUUGAUUAUUUUUAAUGAGCAUGCUACUGGAAAUACAUUCAUUAUAUUUAAAAAAGAAAACAGGAUAUUUUGUUAUUCAAAUUAUGUAUUAGCUAUAUAGUUGUAAAGCUUUGUUUUUCUGAAAUUCCUAAUAAAUUCUAUUACAUUUUCGUAUAGUGGUAUAAAAGUUUAUGAUUAAUAAUAUCCCUCAUAAAUAGUAAAGCUAUUUGUUCAAGACUUUGAAGGAUCUCUGUUCUUCAGAGAUGUUACCAAGGGUUUUUGUUCUCAAUUCUGCAUGUUUGGAAAUUAAAGUUAUAACUUUAUGCUGGGUGUUUGGUCUCUAAAGAACUGACUGUACUAGCAAAGCUUACAAGGUAAAUGGUAAAUAUAAAAAAUAAACUGCAACCUCAACUGGAUUAUUUGAAU